CAAAAGGCGAGCCAACAUGGCGACCCAUAGCGCGGACAAAGAGUGAACGGCUGCGGAAUCGCUGCUUUGUUUUCAGUUCUCUCACCCCUUCACUUCUGAACUCGUCGUCGCGUUACCGCAGCUGAUGCGGUACUAGAGGAGUCGUGCGUGCACUUCGCAGCAGCAGCAGCACGCGUUAAAAAGCCUUCAAGGCGCCUUCAUCAUGCUCGAGCUCGACGUCGUUCCCGAGAAGUCGCUAGGCAAUGAAAGCUGGGAGCUGGUUCUCGGCAUGGCAUUUAGCCAGGUGGUCCACAUAUUGCAACAGCAAUUCCGCAUCAUCAAGGGUGUCCAGAUUAUCUACAAUGAACAGUGCCCACUGGAUAGUGAUCUCGUGAUCCUCCUGUCAGAGGAUGGGAUCCGGCUCAGCUUCGACUCAAGCUCGCAGAGGCUAAAGGUGAUAGAAGUCACCGACAUGUCGAAGGUCAAGUUGACAUAUUGUGGGAGCACUUUCUGCUCGCCCGAGGUGUUGCCCACCAGACAGCAAAUUGACGACUGCUUCGGCGCCACCCACCCCGGAGAGUAUGAUGCCAGCCAGCAGAUGUUUGUGCUGCACUUCCGGGGUUUGUCCUUCUCGUUCUUGGCUGACCCCAAGUGCAAGUUGGACACGGCGCUUGGCUCCUCCCCCACGGGGCAGCUGCCCAAUGGCAGCUCGCCACUGGUCUCCCGCAUGGCCAUCUACUACGGAAACAGCCUCACCGACACCAGGCCUCCCCCCUUGCCUCUGUGCUGUUUCGGCAACCAGAGCUUCCUUGAGGCACUGGAGGUGCUUCGGGAAGGGGACACGACCCUGGGUGUCCGGCUCACCCUGCUCACCGAAGCGUACGAGACGUCUCGGCUCUCUGGGCCGAUCCAGAAGAAGUUGACACGGUGUGUGUACUUCGGUGACUCCGUUCAGGACGUGGUGUGGGCCCUGGGCUCCCCAAACAAGGUGUUCUACAAGGAGGAGGACAAGAUGAAGAUCCAUGCCCAGGACUCUCACAGGCUGCUGGCCGCCAGGGCCUCUGACUACUUCUACAACUACUUCACCCUCGGCAUGGAUGUGCUGUUUGAUGCCCAGCGGCACGUGGUGAAAAAGAUAGUCUUGCAGAGCAACUACCCAGGCCACUUCAACUUUCAGCAAUACUACCGGUGCCCAUUUCGGCUGAGGUUGCGCCUCCCUCCUACACCCGAGCAGCGCCGGGCCACCCUGGUUGAUGUGGCCGACGAGGAUGAGGGACACGCGGUCACUGCCUUCACCAAGUGGGACGAGCUCCAAGAGCGCCUGGUCAAAGCAUCCGAGCGCCCAGUUGUCUUGAACAGAACCUCCUCGACAAACACCACCAAUCCAUUUGGAUCUACCUACUGCUAUGGAUACCAGGACAUCAUCUUCGAGGUGAUGCGGAACAAGCACAUAGCGUCAGUGACGCUCUACCAGCGCAACGGCCGACUACACAGGGCCAAGGGCACGGCCUCAUGACACCACCUCCCUCGCACAUCGUCUUUGGCGCACAUCUCCACUAGUCACCACAAUGCCGCUCCUUCUCCGCCGCCCAGCCCGCCUCCCUUCUUCCGCCUCUUGCCACAGCAGCAGCAGCCACCGCCGUUGUCGUCGUUGCGUGAACCCCCACCCCGUCGCUCACCUCCGGGACUCUGAGCACCCGCAGGGUCGUUGUGUGUGUGGCAUGUUUGUGUGGAUGACGGUGCCAUUCGGUUAAGGGUAGAUGGAAGCUUGCGGGAACCCAGGCCAGCGUUUCAUGAAAAGUGAAAGAGAGCAAGAACCAUGAUGGUGCACAGAUGUGUGGUGUGUAGUAUUGUUAUUUUCUUAUUAAUAUUGUAAUUGCCUUUCUUUCUUUAUCCGCGCAUUGGGAGCGUUGCAGUUUGGCAGCUGUAGAUAGCACAAGGUGAUGAAUGAAUGCUGCUCGUCGUCUUGGAGGAGCUGCUCGAAUUCUCAAAUACACUUGUGGAUUUCGUUGGCAUUUUUGCCAAAUGUUACGAGCCCAAAUCUACCAGUGGAAAAUUUUGCGCUCCUCACUGAAUCGCAGCAGAAGUUGCCAUGCGCAGCCAACAGAAUGCGGUCGGCGGAACAUUUGGUUCAAUCCCCUUCCCGACAGUCUUGCGAGAAAUGCAACGAUUUGCUGUGCAGCGAGCCAAUUGGAAACAACCAGUGAGAUACGCUGGAAUUGGCUUUCUCUUUCUCUCUGUCCACUUUUGUGCAGCAAUUUUUUUUUUUUUUUUGCAAAGUCUUUUUUCUCAAGGUUUAAGGACAGCUGUGCGAUGCUUCUUUGUUGCAUAAUGGUUCUCUGUGAAGAACAGGUGCUAAAGGUGUGAGAAGCCUUUAAAAGAAGAAAAAGAAGAACUUUAGGGUUUCAGGAAGUGCAUACUUGCAUGUGACACCGUCAACAAAGCUCUUAAAUGUUCACAGCAGGACCUAAAGACAGCUUAGUGAGAGAAAAGGCAAACUGUAAGGUUUUAUGUCUGCAGUGCUGACGCUAUGUGAAAAAGCGGCCAUGUUGCGGCGAUUGCUUUGAAAUUCUGUGAGAGUCGCGAGCUGUGCACAUGUGUGUGUCGCUGCUCAUAGCAAGUCCUGAAUGCUGGAAGCAUGGCACUCUAGUGUUCAGACGUGACUUCGGAACUGAGACAAACACUAUGUGUACUGAGCUCAGUCGAGUUGGUAAUGAUAAUACCUAACCUUUGUUGUCAUAUUAUUUUACGUGCAAGGUAUUGUGUCUUGCCAAAGCAAAGAAGUGCUUUGGGCGUGCAUGCAAAGUGGUUGACCAGUGCCUGUACCAAAAAAUAGGGCAAUUAAAAUUCUCGAAAUUAAACAAAGAAAGGAAGUGCGAGGAAAUAGAUUUCAAUCCAGCCUCCAGAAAGAAAACAAUAAUGAAGCAACACAGGUCGUCCCGGAAUUACAGCUUGAGAGACUAUGAAAAAGACGUAAUUAGUAAUGGAAAACCAUACCAGUUGACAAAUACCUUACAUAGCGUCUGUCACACUAUGUGAUGCCUCGAGAAGAUAGGCACACGUUACUUCUCAUCUUUUUGAAAUUCUUGCAUUUCCACAGUGGGCUAAACAACUGGCUUUGCUAGCACGAGACAGGAUACAGAAACAAUUGCAGUGCCCCCUGGAUAGCACUGGUUUCCCUAUACAGAACAGUGUUGGUUUGAUUGAGAGGGCUUGGGACAGUGUAUCGUGGGCUCCGGCCUGUGCAACUUUGUAACAAAGGCUCCCUGGUAAACGUUGUCACAACCUCUAUGCAUUUGUAAGUGCAUGCGAGCCGUUGUUUGAAAGCACCAGGGAGUGCUGCGGCACAUGCAUUUGUUCCCUAGCAUGCAGCAUUGUCUGUAAACAAUCUAUUCUCGGGCCUCGUAAGAAAGAAGGCGGGCAAACAAGCUGUGUGAGGUUGCAAGUAGUUUCUGUGCAAGCCAAACAGGUCCCAGUUAAGAUAUGUAAGGAAGAAAUUAGCUUGCAGGCACGAUUAGUACACGAACAUGUUGUGCUGCUUGGUAGAGGACAGACAGUGUAAGAAUAGCAGGAAGGGUUAAGCUCAAACUACUGACGGGUGUAUCCUAGCUCUCUGUGUCACUGCAUCACAGCUGGGGUCGUGUGAUACACACACAAAAACAAUUUUAAUUGCAUGGCCAGUAAACAAAACCUUGGCAUACAUCACAGAUGUAUGCAUAUCCGAGCAACUCGUACAUUGAAGACAGUGACGCUGUAUAAGGGAGUUGUGCUGCCUCGUGAAAGUGCUAGGAGUCUCGUUUGCCACUGCCUGAAAUCUACCCAAGACUUUGGAAACACUUUACUUUGAACUUUGAAGAUUUGAACUUAGCACUCCUAUGCUUUCAGCUACAUUCGGUGCAUCUUCCUGUGUGCUGUGUACCCACACUGGCAUCCAGCUGCAUGUACCAACAGCAUGGUAGGACUGCACUGCUGGCUGCCUUUAGUGAUAGCCCAUCACUGAAGCUGGCAUUUGGUGUGCAUUCUCGGUGACAUUAUUGUAACGGGGCUUCGACCGAGGCUACAUUGAUAGCUGUUCGCCGACUGACAUUCGAUGCUCACCACGCUGUCGCGCACCGUCCCCCGCCGCCGCGGCCCCCUAACGGAAACGGUUGUGGAACCCCCCUUAACAGCUUCGUUGUAAAAAAGAAACGUGCGACUUGAAUUUUUUCUGUGCCAAGCAGUUGUGAAAAACCAAACCUGAUUGAUGUCUUGGUGAAUCUGUUACACAUUGAUGUGUUCGUUUGCAUGUGUUGGCAGUAUUGUCAACGUAACGUGUAAGCCAGGUGGCAGGGAGAGCUAUCGCGCAGCAUUGACGUCAACGCUGAAUGGUGCAUGAUCUAAACCAUGUUCAGCUCGUAGAAACCGCACACAUCUGUUGGUGUUGUGCAGCAGUGAUACCUCGUGACUAAAGUGCAGAAGUUGUUAGGGCUUGAUAAAGCUAAGGCAGGUCGUUAGCAUUAGCACACCCAUGCCAAGAAUGGCAUUGCUGCUUUGAGAGAAAGGACGAGAGUGCAUUGAAAGCGUUGCAUAGAACUGGCACAUUGUCAAGGGUUGUCCAAGGGGCAUGUUGAAUGAAAGUUUAGGGUUAAUAACCGACUGUGGUCACGAUAUGAAGAGGUAGUCGUAGGGGUGGGGGCUUGCUGAGUAAUUAUGUGGGCAUUGUGUUUGAGCUGCGAUACAAAAAAAGAAAGUUGCUUGGCGCACUGCUUGACUCGGGGUUGCCGCAACGCUGCCUCAUUUUGGCUGUGUCACACGACCCUAGCAUUGGUGCACUGAUACAGAGAGCUAGGAUCCUUCACCUGCUGAUAUUUGGGGCCUAACCGUCGUGCCCUUGUCGUACUGUCUGUCUUAUGUGCCAUGCAGCCCAUUGUGUUUGUGCUCAGUAACCAACUAGGCCAAACAUCUGCGCAGAAUUGGCACGGUUAUGACGACCUUGCACCCUGAACUAAUCGUAGCAAUAGCCGUAGUGAGAGGCAAAGCAAAUGCCUGCAUGCAAGUUUGGAAAAAGUUUAUUUUAUGAAUACCACAUAGAGGAGGGAGAGUCACAUGCGUGGGACUUAUUCAAACGCAGAACCUCCUUUUCCAUCCUUGAAGCAAACUCUAAUAUUUCAGUCUGUCUUUCACUUUGAGUCAGCUUUGAAUAGGUUGGAGCAAUCUUCCAUGGAGUGAAUCGUUAAACUUAUACUGCUUCAUUCGGACCACAGCUUCAUACGGGCACACUGAGUCAUACCAUUAGGUUGCACACCAGUUUAUGUAGCAGGAUAAUGUUCCGAUAUACAUCGUUGUGUUCUGACCAGGCUUACCUGGCAUUUCUUCUUAAACAGAUUCAUAACCAAAUGUGAGCUAUGACAUGUGUUUUUUCUAGAAUUGUCAUGGUUAUCUUAUGGGAUUGUCUUAAAAUGUAAUUUUUUAUCUUGCAGAGGUGGAAAAUGCCUGGCAGAAGUGUGCGCUCUUAUUACUUUACUAUGAGAGCAUUAUGUUGGCUUAAUUUGCGAGAGUGAUUACGUUGCUUUGCUGGGCCUUAAGGAGUCAUUAAAGAGGGACACAGAUUUUUUAUUUUUUUGGAUGAUAGACCAUAUUCUUUCUAAAGCAUUUGCAUUUCUGUGGUGGAGAGAUGUUCAUUACUAGCAGACAAACUGGAGAGCCAAACUUUCUUAAUUCCAUGUCCACACUGAAGGGCUCAUUAGUGACAUCACAGAUAUUGAUGUAGUAGCACACGUGCUACUGGAUUUGGGCCAUUCGUGUGCAGGAGAUGUUUCCAAGGUUGCCAAGCUGAAUCUUUGCUUAUUUUUGUGCACAGUGCACAUAAUCUCUCUUAGUUGAUAGAACCGGCCACUCCCAAGUAGACCCUGUCGACGUCGACGGCAUUAGGAGAGCUAUCUUAGCCACUGCAGGGAGGGCAUCACCUUUGAUCAUUCAUCAUUUCUGGCCUAUCAAACCUAUGGAUCUGAAUUGACCUAUCUCUCCCUCUCUCAUUUCUCUUGAGACUGAUAUAGAAGUUAAUCAUUCUGUUAAAACAUGGUGGUAAAAAAUGCAGUGGCAUUAAUUGUACAGCCUGUGAUAUCGGUGCGCAAAGGUCGGGGGCAAGGAGGAGGCGUUUUGUUUUCAGAAUUCGUGUCACCUUGUCUGCGGUGUGAUCAUACUGAAAUGUUUGAAAGGCUGCUUUGUGUUGGUCCGUUUUAUGAGUGCAGUUGCAUGCUAGGUGAAAAAAAUGGCAUGAAUAGCUCAAAGCAUCACCGAAGAUGCCAGCUUAGAGCACACCAUUUGUCCCUAGGCUUGUUUCAUAGGCUGAGUGGUUUUGAGCACCCUACUGAGAGAUUAAUAUGGAAGCAAUGAGCUGCAUUUUCAUUCAGUCACUUCAUUGAGAGAUGCCCACGCGCAGCGACACAUAUUCAUUCACGGCAAGGUGUUAGUUUCCUUUUUGUCGAUGCACUUGACACCGAUGUGUCAAUUAAUGUUGAAGAAGUUGGGCUGGCUUGUUGGCUGUCACAGAUAGAAAGAGCACAGAAACUGGAUGAGUAGAAAAUCACAGAACAGUUGUUGCAUACUUUCACUGUACUCUCAAACUUAUUGGAAUUGCAGCGCUUCGUGUGCGUCUCGUUUGUGCCAGAACUUUUGUCCUCGUCUGUUGCUGCAUUUACAAAAAACAUAUUGCCCAACCGAAACCCAUGAUUGGUCGCCACGACAGUUGUCUUGCUUCCCUGCCCAUUGCUAUCACAUCGAGGGUGAUCGAACACAGGCCACUGAGGAAGUGCUCCUGCAUGAAAGAGCGUUUUGUGCAUAUGGACCACGAUUUCAGCGCAGUUUCUUUUUACCCACCCCACAUAUUGUAUCACACAUUCUUCAUGCACUCGCCACGUCUCUGCGAGAAGUGUCGGGAGAAAGUGUGCAUUGGAGGGUAAUUUGUUUGCACCUCUAGUUCUUCGUUGAUCGGAGGCAUCUUUCUAUUCCUCGUGCCUGUAGGGAGCUGACUUAAGACCACGGAGAAGCCGAGAUGCAGCAUUAAAGCUUAACAAGCAAGUCUUGUUUUAUCAUCAUAUCAAGAACAGUGGAUGCAAGGACGUGGAGUUGUUGCAUGACUGCUCCUGUCAUCAGUUCUAUGUUCCUGCUAUCCAUUUUCCGUUUUAUGGUGCUGGUUCAACGUGUUGAGCCAACUAGCGCACCAACUCGUGCUGAGCAAGUCCUGGGCACAGUGGUGCUGAUGUUGCCAUUUGUUGUGGGUUCCACAUUGCUGGACAUCUCCUUGGCCACCCAACCUUUUCACUUGUGGAGGCAAUGGUAACGUGGGUGCCAAUUUGCAAAGCCGCGGGCAGGCUGGUGUGGAAUCCUUGCCAACUUCUUCAUUCCCUAUAGAAAGACUGACGUUUGGCCGAGUUGGUACUGGUUUAACAUCUUGAAGGGGCAGAGCAAGAUGACAGAAAGCAGGAACACACAGGACAGCGCUGAAAUCACAACUAACUUUAUUCGAAGGCAUACACGAACUUAUGUACUACAACCAACAGCCACAUGCUCUCCCAUCGAUGGCGUCAUUAUCAGUGCGCAGGCAAAAACGCAAAAUCCUGCAAUCUAAUGCUACACUAUGAGGCAGCUUCAAAAUUGAAAUUCGCUGUCAUACAAAUUUAAUGAUCUGUAAGCAUGCCAUCGUUAAAUUUGUAUGACAGUGAAUUUGAAUUUUUAAGCCGCCUCAUAGCGUAGCAUUAGAUUGCAGGAUUUUGCGUUUUUUCCUGCGCACUGAUAAUGACGCCAUCGAUAGGAGAGCACGUGGCUAUGGGUUGUAGUACAUAAGUUUGUGUAUGCCUUUGAAUAAAGUUAGUUGUGAGUUCAGCGCUGUCCUCUGUGUUCCUGCCUUCUGUCUUCGUCGUCUUGCGCUGCCCCUUCAAGAUGUUCUCCAUUCCCUGCACAGGAAUAUUUUUGUGAUCGUUAAUGAAGUGGUAACGCUGAAAGCACGUGUUGCCCAUGUUGAUGUAAUACCACAUUUACUCAAUCAUAAUGUACCUUGUAAUGCGCGCAUCUAAUUUACGUGGCCAGGAGAGAGGAAAAUGCAACUUCUUUAAUAGUUAUGCACAAUAUUUUAUUUCCCAUUCUAUCCAGCUGCCUGGGUUAUGUGCAAAGGCACCAUGUACGUGUGCGUGAAUAAUACCUGUCAGUUGAUCGAAGUUUCGCAGUAAAUACUCUUCUGCGAGCACUUACGGAAAUUCACCAAUGGCCGUUAUUUGCAAUCAUGUCGCGAAAAAAAGAAAAAAAAUAGUACACCCUGAUUGGCCACCAACUUCCCCCUGAGCCUACUGUGCGCAGCACCACAAGUCCACCCCCUCUACGCUCUGAUUGGUCACUGCCUUCCUCCUCUACACCUGUGCUGCCAGCAGUGACAGUGCCUCCAAAUGCUCGGCGAUUACCACUAGAGCAAUUCGACUGUAUCAACUUCAUUGAAACCUGCUACAGCAAGCGUACACAGUAUUAGCAUCUCCAUUUAGCCCACUAGUUCAACAAAGCAUGUCUAGGUUCUUCAGGUGCUUCAGGUACUAUAUAAACGUUCUUCGCUGCAUGGUUUUUGGCACAGCAGUCAUUUUUGGCGAUCUUCUUUGCAAUGAUAUCUGCUUACUGUCUUAGGUGUCGACGAGAAGUGCCUGAUUAUUUUCAAGCAGGCCUGCAUGUCUCCCUUCUGGCUGAAACUCUUAGCCGAGGUAUCGAUAAGAAAAAAGAAUUCGGCAUGCCACGCAGCAACUUUGUGCAGUUGCUCAUCGCAGACAGCAAACAGGUGCCAGCAAUGCUUUCUCUCGGCACAUUGCUGGUAUGCAAUUGCCCUGUUCACCGUGAUCGGGGCUGCAGGCAAAGGGCUUCACCUACAGCUCACACCACGCUACACCGUAGAGAGUGGGCAGGUUUGUCAUCAAGGUUGCGAAAGACAUUCAUUCACUGUAAAAAUGCUAUGCGCACAUCGAAGCUCCCACACGCAUCAUCGUGCUUGCGACAAUGCCAGUGCGUACGCGACGGCACUAUUUUGCAUGCGGCAACAGCAACUACUCCAGGAGAUAGGUCUGACCGUGACACAACUAGUGUAGGGGAGCCUCAUUCUCGCACCCUACUAUAUGCGCACGUACGCUUAAGUUUUUUUUUCCCCAUUUUUCAGGGAUGCAGGUGAGCACUACAAUUGAGUAAAUGUGGUAAUGCAAGCUUCCUUGUAUUUGUCCUGUAUACGUGUGUACACUAGUUUUCAGCACCUCUGCCAUCCGAGUGUGCAGAUCUCACAGGUAUUGAUUUGGCUUGAAGAAAAGCACAUUGUUAUUAUUGUUGUUUAAAAAUUGAGCGCAGUGUAGUUCACAUGCUUUUUAUUGUAAUUGUAUUACUCUCACCUGUGCACCAGUGUUUACCGACAGUGCUGAACAGGCUUUUACUUGCAGUUUUGUAUCAUCCGACAUGCAUAUGUGUGUGUUGGGGGGGGGGGGGGGGGUGAGAAUUGUCACUUUUGUGCAACGUGACUUUCUUUUAUUAUUGUGCUGAUAGGGUGUGUUGUCAGAAAGGAGUGACGAAUGUCUUUUUAUGGCUUGACCAUAUUGUCUGCUCGGACAUGUGGAACUAGCUGGAUUCUUGCACUGUCACUCUCGUGUAACCUUUCACAUUUAAUGCCAUACAGCUCCUUGAAGUGUGUCAUUGCAGAUGUCGCAUUUUUAGGUUUCCCACAGCUUUUCAUUGCUUCCAUAGUCUGCUGUGCAGUUUACUGUUGAAGCUCUCUUUAAUACCAUUCUAGCGGUAUGGGGUGAUUUACAUAAGAUGCUAUGUAUCUUCAUGGUGCUUGGGUCAUAUUGAUAAUGGCAUGCUACGCUUAAAAUGACAUGUGCCAACAUUGCGUUUUGUGAUAAAGGACAUCCGAUACUGCACUCAGAAAAAUGAAGCUUUGCUUUACUUCUUGUCACACGAGAAAAGAAAAAAAGAAGAAAAAAGCAUGAUGAUAACUUGUUUAGUGUGCGAGGUUUAUGUACACCUGUGUGUAGUAUUUAAGAGUGCUUGUUUUUUAACCAAAAACACAACUUUCUGGUGUAUGAACGUUUUAACAGUUGUGAGGCACAUAUUUGUGCAAGUGCUUUUUGUUUCGUCGAGCUUUAAUAUGGCCGGCUGCUGUCUAGUGACAGCUUUUUGUGUUUUUAUUCUUUGGUUUGAUGUAUCGUUUUAGAACAUUGCAUGGAUGUAUGCGUCGACAAAGCCGCCGUGUGCCCUGUGUGAAUGAGAAGGCACAUUGCCGUGAUAGAACACAGAUUACAUUAGUUGUGUUCGCAGCUGGUGUUGUAACGACGCUGGUGUUGUAACGCGACAUGUCUUUUCUGAGCCCUUCACCACACCACCUUUUAUUCUCUGCUUGUUUGUGUGGAGCCCUAUGACGUAUGUGCAAGCGUGUCAACGUGACUGGCCUGUAAUUUUUCCUCUUGUGCCAGGCGCGUUGAUGUGUGGCUUCUUAUGUGUGUUGAGUGCACAGAGUGAGCCCCUCACUGUCUACAGCUGCUUGGCGCGGUACCUAACUUUGCAUCAGUAGGGUAGCUCUCUCUGAGCGCCGAGUGAAUUGUACCAUUUGGGGAUGUGUGUGUGUAUUUUUCUGUAACUUUAUUUGUGACUUUGGUGGUGCCUGGCAAAAAACAUGUCGAUACUUUUCCUUUGUUUAGACAUUAAAGAUGGUACUUUUAGCGUCUUUUAAUGUCCUUGUGUUGAGGCUACCGAACUGUUAAUGCCUCGAGUUACAUGUUCAGUCUGUGCAUCAUCUGAACGUGAGGAACAAAUUCACAUGUGCGUGUCAAGAGACUAAGUGGCGACAUUUCCCGGAAGUGUGCCGGUGUUUCUGAUAUGUUUCCUGGUCGUGCGCUGUGUAUUUGUACGUAUCUUGUACUCUACUGCAUAGCCUGUGACCAGUUGCACUGGAAAGUAAAAAGAAAAAAAAAGAAGAAAAGGAAAUUGUCUGUAAUAAACACCAAUUGGAUAA